UAAUGCCGCCGCUGUUAGCCAGUUAGCUAGCAUUUAGCAGCUUCCCGAGGCCUGUGUUGCUAGCAUCAGUGGCCAGGGAUCCAUUAUCGGACAUGUCCUCGUCCGCCCCUUUCCCGCGGAAUUUGGGAGUCCCCCAUAAAACAGGGCCAGCUCAAUGAAUACAUGGACCAGUGCAGUAGCUUUGAAUUAGAACAGCGUGAACAAGGGAACAGAGCAGAUCAGGCCUGAAUGCUUUGAGCUGCUGAAGGUUUUGGGAAAAGGUGGCUAUGGAAAGGUAUUUCAAGUUCGGAAGGUAUCAGGUGCUACCUCUGGAAAGAUAUUUGCAAUGAAAGUUUUGAAGAAGGCCAUGAUUGUGCGUAAUGCAAAGGACACAGCGCACACCAAAGCUGAGAGGAACAUUCUGGAGGAGGUGAAGCAUCCUUUCAUUGUGGACCUCAUCUACGCCUUCCAGACAGGGGGAAAGUUGUAUCUCAUCCUGGAGUAUCUGAGCGGAGGAGAGCUGUUUAUGCAACUGGAAAGAGAGGGCAUCUUCAUGGAAGACACAGCAUGUUUCUACCUUGCUGAGAUCUCGAUGGCACUGGGUCACCUGCACCAGAAGGGCAUCAUUUAUAGAGACCUGAAGCCUGAGAAUAUCAUGCUCAACAACAAUGGUCAUGUAAAGCUGACAGACUUCGGUCUAUGCAAAGAGUCCAUCCAUGACGGAACGGUCACCCACACCUUCUGUGGUACCAUUGAGUACAUGGCUCCAGAGAUUCUAAUGAGGAGCGGACAUAACCGGGCAGUGGACUGGUGGAGUCUGGGAGCCCUCAUGUAUGACAUGCUAACAGGCGCACCCCCAUUCACUGGUGAAAACCGAAAGAAGACGAUUGACAAAAUCUUGAAAUGCAAACUCAGCCUUCCACCUUACCUCACACAAGAAGCCAGGGACCUUCUUAAAAAGCUGCUGAAACGAAAUGCCUCAUUGCGACUUGGGGCUGGACCAGGAGAUGCUGCUGAGGUCCAGGCCCACCCAUUUUUCCGCCAUAUAAAUUGGGAUGACCUCCUUGCUCGCAAAGUAGAGCCUCCAUUCAAACCUUUCCUGCAAUCAGCCGAUGAUGUCAGCCAGUUUGACUCCAAGUUCACCAGCCAGACUCCAGUGGACAGCCCUGACGACUCCACACUCAGUGAAAGUGCCAAUCAAGUCUUCCUGGGUUUCACAUAUGUAGCCCCAUCUGUGCUUGAAAACGUCAAAGAGAAGUUUUCUUUCGAACCAAAAGUCCGCUCACCGCGGAAGUUCCCAGGAAGCCCAAGAACACCUGUGAGUCCAGUGAAGUUUGCAGGAGGCGACUGUUGGCCUCGGGGACCCACGCUAACAGGCAGCCCAUCCCUGCUGUCCACUGGCAACUCUGGAGAGCAGCCCAUGGAUGUGUCAACAGUGGAGCAAAUGGACACAAGCAGCAGUGGCACCUCUGAGGCCUCUGCUCCUCUUCCCAUCAGGCACCCUUCAGGCAUCAAUGCAGGGCCUUACAAAAAGCAGGCCUACCCCAUGAACUCCAAGCGGCCCGAACAUCUACGAAUGAAUCUAUGACGCUCGGCUUGCCUGCGAACAUUAGGACUCUUCAAAUUCCUGCUCUCCUUCCCGUCUAUCAUUUCUUUUCAAAGAGACUUGUAGAAAAUUUUAAAAAAUUGACUGACACUGUCAACGCUGAUCACCAGCUCUUCCAGCAGCGCCUCCCCCCCCCGCCCUCUUGGCCUCCAGAAUCCUCCUGACUCAGCCUGGCCUCCUCAGCCUGCCACAGAUAAUCAGCAGUUAACUACAGUAGAUGUGCAGUCAGUCGGAGGAGUGGUGUAAGAGACGUAUUUCUCAAUUAAAGUUGAUUUUCCUGUCGGCUGGA